AUGAGAGAAAUGGAAUUGCGAAUGGGGAGGACUAACAUUCCACUGCGAUCCAUCCGGUGUUUCUUUCGUGGAGAAGUGGUGGUGGGAAACGAACAGCACAAAAAGAAAAGAGAAAAAGGAAAGGAAAGGAAAGGAAAACAUAAGGGGGAGGCUUAUCCCUUUUUUAAUUUUUUUUUUUUAGUUUUGGUGUUUGGUUCCUUUGCUUCUUCUCCUUCUUUGUUUCGUUCUCCUUCUUAG